AACGGAAGCUUAAAACACCCUAAAACCCUCGUCUACUCUUCUCUCCUCUCUUCCACAGAUAUGUAAAAACCUACGAGCGCAAAUAAUGAUCGACUGAAUGAGUAUACAGAGCAUGUUACGAAGAGGCCUCACUUUCAAUCACCUCCCCAAAUCCGUACGACCAAGUGGGCUGCGAGGAAGAAGGCCCUAUGCUAACAAUGCCGCCUCCGCCGCCGCCGCCGCCGAGGAACCAAACCCAGAUGGCAACAAAGUCCGUGGAAGGAGGCUUAGCAACAAGGAGCUCAAAGCCCUUGUGGAAUCAUUUGUCCACGAGUACAGAGCAAUGAAUGCGGGGAAAUUCCCUCCCUUUAAGUAUACUCAGAGACAAGUGGGUGGCAGUUACUAUAGAAUUAGGGGGAUCCUCCAGGAGCUACAGUACACAGCUAAGAUGUCGCCCUCGUGUGGUGGGAUUGAGCAUUCGUUGGGACGAGAGGGAAUAAGAGGAAGUGAGUCUUUGACUGAAGUCGGAGGUGUCAUUGCUCCAACUGUUUCUGAGGCAGAAAAUGACACAGAUCUUAGUGUUGCCAGUGACGGGUGUUUAGAAGCUGAGGAAGAGUCCCAGACGUCCUCCUCAGUUGAGAUCUUGUCCGAAGAACUUAGCACUCCAGGGAGAGGUUCUGAUCUGGAUGUCACACAAAGUAAUAUCUGGAAAGUGAAUGCUGAGGGAUCUUCAUAUAUAGGCCCUGAUAUGGAGGAACUUAAGAAAACUCAAUCUGUCUCUAUUGCUCCAGGAUGUGAGAUGUUACAAGUAGGAUUUGAUGUUAUUUCUCAUUCACAUGACAAAUCUAAGGAUGGUAAAAGGGAGGAAGCUCAGGCUGAUCGACAUGAUUAUGUCUCUAAAGAAAAGCAUCUACAUAUAGGGGAAACUAAUACAGCCUCUCCAAGUUCUGAUGAUACGGAGGAUAUUACUAAACCGGAUCUUGAUGAUUCAGAGUGUAAAAUGAAGCAACAUGAUGAGACCCCUCAGGCUGAUCGACUUGAUUCCAUUGCUGCAGAAAAACAUCUACCAAUAGAGGAAACUAAUAGAGUCUCUUCAAGUUCUGAUGAUACAGAGGAUGUUACUAAACCAGAUCUUGAUGAUUCAAAGUCUAUAGUGGAGCAACAUGAAGAGAUUCCUCAGGCAGACAAACUAUCCAAGCUGGCUGAUGAUGCAGAACCUCCAAAAAGAUCAACAACUCUAUGGGGUGCUAUGAAAUCGUUUGCGGAUGGAGUUAUCAGUAUUUUCAGACAACAGUAAAUUUUGUCACAUAAGGAUUCCGCCAUUUUUCAAAAACCUGGUUAGUCCUGACUUUGUGCCUGGUAAGGACAUAUCUGACAACACUGUUGUGGCUCAAGAAGUCUCCCUAAGUACCAAUCUUGCAUGGAAAAUUAACCUCUCUGAAGCUUAUGACAGACUAAGCUGGCAAUUUAUUGAAGCAGUUCUCUAUGAAGCCCAAAUUCCUAAUAGUCUAGUGAUCGAAAUUGACUAAGUUGUGUCUCUAGGACUAGUUUUUAGGUCAUCCUCAGUUGAGAACUAACAUAUACUUUCAAGGCUCCUAGAGGUAUUAGACAAGGUGAUACCUUAUCACCUUAUCUAUUUAUGUCAUCAUUGUCAUGCUUGGAGAAAUUGUCAACUUAAUAUAUAUAGUUCUGCUGUUGAAGUUGUGCACUGGAAACCAUUUUGAGCUUUCA